UUAAGUGGAAUAUACAUCAUAAACAAUCCCACUUUCAUCAUGCUCUCUUUUCACGAGUUGGUGGGAAUUAUGUUGAGUAUAAGCCCACUGGUUUUUAACACAUUCACAGACUCGCUCUCUUCAUUUUGUAGUCUCUCUCUUUCUCUACUAUGAAGAAAUGUUCAACCAUCCAAAACCUACUUUAUCUUUUCCUCAUACGCGAUAUUUCAAUCACCGUCAACGUUGCCGGUGACUCACCUCCUCCUUUCACCCCUACAGAAAGCAUCACAAUUGACUGUGGUUCUCCUAAUGACAACAUUGGUCUAGAUGGCCGGGUUUGGACUGGAGAUAGUAUGCCAAAGUUGUCCCUUGUAGAAUCAAAAAACAAUAAAUCAGUGUCUUCGAAAGCAUUCCAGCAACCCCCUUCUAGUCUUGGUCAAGUCCCCUUCGCCACAGCUCGGGCUUCCAACUCUGAAUUCACCUACGUAAUUCCCCUUACAUCCGGCCAAAAGUUUAUUCGCUUGUAUUUCUUUCCAACUUCAUAUCCAAGCUUUGACGCUUCCAAAGCUCUCUUUUCCGUUAAAGCUGGUGAUAUUACCCUUCUCAAGAAUUUCAGUGCUACUCUUCAUGCUCAAGGUGAAGAAACGCUUAUCAAAGAGUUCUGUGUUAACCUUGAGAGAGGUCAGGGGUUAAACCUAACGUUUAUUCCAAGUCCAGACAUUUCAGAUUCAUAUGCUUUCGUAAACGGGAUUGAAAUUGUUUCCAUGCCGAAUAAUCUUUAUUAUCGACCAGCUAAUGAUGAAGGGGUCAAGUUUAUAGGCCAGAGCCAGGGAAGCCUAUACACCGUGGGAAACAACACUGCCCUUGAGUUGAUGAAUCGAAUCAACGUAGGUGGGAAGCAAAUCUCUCCCGUAGAUGACACUGGCAUGUACCGAUUUUGGUCAGCCGAUGAUGAUUAUCUGACAGAAGCUGCAACAGCUGUUCUUCCUGUUAAUCUCAGCAUCAAUCUUAACUAUAGUGAUGAUAAGCCAUCGUUUUCUGCACCGGAUGUGGUCUAUACAACAGCUAGGACAAUGGGGACGAAUGCUACUUUAAAUGAACAUUACAACUUGACUUGGGAGUUCCCUGUUGAUUCAGGGUUUAAUUAUUUUGUUAGGUUACAUUUUUGUGAGUUCCAGAUUGAGAUAACACAACAAGGUGACAGAGUUUUUGAGAUCUUCUUAGCCAAUAUAACAGCAGAAACUGACAUGGACGUUAUAAGCCGGAGUGGUGGAAGAGGAGUCCCAACAUAUAAAGAUUAUGUAGUUGGGAUGGGACUGAAAGGAAAUGAAAAGAAACAAAAUCUCUCCAUUGCUUUGCACCCUGCCCCAAGGUGGAAAACCCGUUUUUCAGAUGCAAUCCUCAACGGGGUUGAAAUCUUCAAAUUGAGCAACAACGGCAAUCUAGGUGGGCUUAACCCUGACCCUGAGCCAACAACUCCUAUAACUGUUCCACAAUCGAGUCAACAUGGGAAGCAUGAGAAGAAGAAAACAACAAUUAUUGGUGGUGGUGUUGGAAUAUCUGGAUUUGUUCUACUAUCCCUCUUAUGUUUCUUCAUUAUCAAGCGCAGGAUGAGAGUCAAAGAUGUAACCUCUAGUUAUGGAGGCUCGGCAUCCGAGGGCCAAUUUUCCAACAGCAACAAGUCCAUCAAGUCUAACAAUAGCUCAUACCUACCAUCUGAUAUUUGUCGCCUGUUUCCAAUAGAUGAAAUCAAAGCGGCCACCAACAAUUUCGAUUCUAUUUUCAUAAUUGGCGUUGGAGGGUUCGGCCGUGUAUACAAAGGAUUCAUCAAUGGUGGUGCAACCCCGGUGGCAAUCAAAAGGUUAGAUCCCGAGUCCCGACAAGGGGCCCUUGAGUUCAGGACAGAGAUUGAGAUGCUUUCCCAACUCCGUUACCUCCACUUAGUCCCUUUAAUUGGGUAUUGCAAUGAUGAUAAUGAGAUGAUCCUUGUGUAUGAUUUCAUGGCUCAUGGGACCCUCCGUGAUCAUCUUUACAACACUGAAAACCCUCAUCUUGCAUGGAAACAACGACUAGAGAUUUGCAUCGGUGCAGCUCGUGGAUUGCAAUACCUCCAUAGUGGGGCAAAUCAUAUAAUAAUUCACCGUGAUGUUAAGACCACCAACAUUUUGUUGGAUGAAAAAUGGGUGGCUAAGGUUUCGGAUUUUGGAUUGUCCAAAGUUGGUCCAACCAACAUGUCUAAAGCCUAUGUUAGCACACUGGUGAAAGGCAGUUUUGGGUAUUUGGAUCCAGAGUAUUACCGUCGACAACAGUUGACUGAAAAAUCCGAUGUAUAUUCGUUUGGGGUUGUGUUAUGUGAAGUUUUAUGUGCUAAACCACCAAUCAAUCGGUUAGCAGAAAAAAAACAAGUGAAUUUAGCAAUGUGGGCUCAAGAAUGCUAUCGAAAUGGAACCCUUUAUCAAAUCAUUGAUCCAUUUUUGAAAGGUAAGAUUGCACCAGAGUGUUUGAAGAAAUAUGCUGAGGUUGCAAUAAGUUGCUUGCAUGAUGAGGGAAUCAAACGGCCAUCGAUGAUCGAUGUGGUGUGGGGCCUUGAGUUCGCACUGCAGUUGCAGAAAAGUGCUGAGGAGGAAAUAAAAUUUGGAGGAGAUGGGAUUGAAAUAGAUGCAGGGGAUGGAGAUGAUGCCCCAAGAUUUCACGUCUUCGAGUGUGCAGAUGUAAGUGGUGAAGGGUUUAGUAGGUUUAGCGUCGCACCGACUGAUGAACAUAUUUCAGCUACCAAAGAUUCUGAAGUUUUAAUUUCUGGGGCGGUCUUCUCUGAGCUUAAGAAUCCUCAAGGACGAUAGGAAUAACUGUUGGAAAAUCAUGAUGCUUAAAAUAGAAGAACUAAUUAAUAGAAGUGCAUAGAAUAUCUCCAUCCCUUUAUAACUUUGAAAGUUCAAA